GGUCAACGGGCUGGGCGCCUCACGGGCCACAGCCGGGUCGGCCGGGGCAGGCUGCCGCCGUCCUGUCGCAGUCUGAUGUGACACCGCUUGCCUCCACUGAGCUAUCCCACUAAAAAAAUAUUUGGGUCAUACGCAGACAUGGACUGUGAAUUGGGGUCACGAUGAUCACAAAUAGAGAGCAGUGAAGCACGAUGGUGGCGGCGUGGCCAUUGAGAUGGCAGAGAGGAGUGUCCACAUGAAGGCCGUGAAGCACGACUGUGAUGAAGACUGUGAUGAAGAGGGAGAGGGGGAGGGAGCAGAGGAGCAGCGGCAGGGGCAGGGGCAGGGGCACCAUGUGACUGCCAAGAGGCGAAUUCGGGAGAGGGAGAAAGAGAGAGAGCGCACCAAGCUCAGGGAGAGGCAGCGCCGGGCCAUCACUUCGCGGAUUCUCUCCGGCCUACGCCAGUACGGGAAUUACAGUCUGCCUGUACGAGCGGACAUUAAUGACGUCAUCGCCGCCUUGGCCAGGGAGGCCGGCUGGACUGUCGACCCUGAUGGAACGACUUACCGGCCUCUUUCUCUUUCCCAUAUACCUUAUCCUCCAAAAGUGGCAGCUUUGUCAUCUACAUCUCUUGUUGGAUCUCCCGUGUCAUCUGGUUCACUGAGGAGUACUUUGGUAAAAAAUUCAAUAGAUUUCCGACCUUCUGCUCUCAGGCUCAAGGAAAGCUUCACAGUCAAAUCACCAGUUUUAGCUAUGUACGGAGAGAAAGGUCAAAAGAAAGAGAAAACAAUCAAUAUGAGCAUUGAAGACUCACUGGAGCUUAUGGAGGACGAACAGGUGCAAGAAUUUCUUCCAAAGGAGCCAGAAAGGGAUUUUGCAGGAACGCCAUUUGUUCCCGUUUAUGUGAUGCUCCCUCUGGGAAUAAUCAACGAUCGUUGCCAGUUGGUUGAUCCAGAAGGUUUGCGGAAAGAUUUGAGAACAUUGAAAUCUAUAAAUGUAGAUGGUAUAAUGGUCAACUGUUGGUGGGGUAUUGUCGAAGGACGGACUCCACAGAAGUAUGUUUGGUCAGGCUACAGAGAACUUUUCGAUAUCGUACAAGAAGCAAAGCUUAAACUGCAGGUAUCCAUGUCAUUUCAUGAAUGUGGAGGAGGAAAUGUUGGGGAUGAAGUGCACAUUCCACUACCCAGAUGGGUACUGGAGAUUGGUAGGGAAAAUGCAGACAUCUUUUUUACUGAUCGUGAAGGGAGGCGUAAUACAGAGUGCCUGACUUGGGGUAUAGAUAAAGAAAGAGUCCUAAAAGGUCGAACAGCUCUUGAGGUUUAUUUUGAUUAUAUGAGAAGCUUCCGAAUGGAGUUUGAUGACCUUUUUGUAGAUGGUGCCAUCUCUGUGAUAGAGAUUGGGCUAGGUGCUUCUGGAGAAUUAAGAUAUCCCUCAUAUCCAGAAAGACAUGGAUGGAAGUAUCCAGGGAUUGGUGAGUUCCAGUGUUAUGAUAAGUAUUUGCAGAAAAGCUUGAGAAAAGCGGCUGAAGCACGUGGACAUUCUUUCUGGGCCAGAGGACCUGACAAUGCUGGUUUCUAUAAUUCUCAACCUCUUGACACAGACUUUUUUUGUGAUGGAGGAGAUUAUGAUAGCUACUAUGGACGCUUCUUUCUGCGUUGGUAUUCACAAGUGUUAAUAGAGCAUUGUGAUCGUGUUCUUUCUUUUGCAAACUUUGCAUUUGAGGGCACCCAAAUAGCUGUUAAGGUUUCAGGAGUUCACUUGUGGUAUAAAACUGCCAGUCAUGCUGCAGAACUCACAGCAGGCUUCUACAAUUCAUCCAAUAUGGAUGGUUAUGCCCCUAUUUGCCAACUUCUUAAGAAACAUGAUGCUACAUUUAACUUCACCUCUGUUGAGUUGCCCAAUUUGGAUCGUGAUGAGGGGCUCCUGGAUGCAAUGGAAGAUUCACAAGGCCUUGUAUGGCAGGUCUUAAAUGCAUCUUGGGAUGCUGGCAUACGUGUUGCAAGUGUCAAUGCCCUUCCAUGCUAUGAUAGAGACAGCUACAAUAGGAUUCUUGAGAAUGCAAAGCCAAGGAAUGAUCCCGACAGACGGCACUUAGUUACUUUCACAUACCUAAGGCUCGGCCCUACUUUAAUGGAGAGAACAUACUUUUCUGAAUUUGAUCGCUUUGUGAAACGGAUGCAUGGCGAAGCGGUCCUCCACUUUCAACAAGGAUAGUAACAGCAAUAUUUUCUGGCUAAGCUUGAAGGGAUCGUGACAAAUUAUGUUUAUUGAGAGUUAAUUUUCUUGUUAAUAACUAGAAAUUUUCCUCAAGCUUCUUGAUUUGGCCGCAUCUUUCACAACAAAAUCAAAUGAAUACCAGAGAAAACACGGGCAGUCAAUAAUUCAUUCUUUAAUCAUUAAGUUGAAGUUGUCCACAAUUGGACAAAGAAAACUUUUUGAAAUUUCCUGUUUCUUAUUGCAUUGGCUACUUUCUUUAUACAAUCCCAACAUGCUCAAAAUUUUGUGGCCAAGAUGACAGUUGUGAAAGGAUAAAUGAGCAGAUAAUGAGCCUUGGGAAUUUAUGCUCUUGGUUGUGCUUGUUGGAGUAAUUGCAAGAGAACAUGUCAACAUUUUCUCUUGAAAAGGGUAUAAAAAGUGCUACUUUAAUGGUUGGGAGAGGUAAUGUCUUUUCUAACAAAAGGAAUCUAUAUUGGUAUUAAUCCAUAGACAAAAUAUUCUCAAGUUAAACUUUUAUUUUUGUAGAAUCUGUACCUCUCGGUGAUGUCAGUACUGGAGAGACAUAAGAUGCUAAUACAUCAUUGCAGGGAAAUGUACAAGAUACUUUCAAACAAAAGACGUCCAUGUCUGCAGUAUAUUUAGAUGGAGAACUUCUCAAGACAUUCACAUAACCAAGUAUAGUGUGAAGAGAAAAAUGUAACCCUUAUAUAGAUUGUUUGAUCUUUGUUUUAUAUAUGGCCUCGAUGUAUUAUUUGUAAUAAUGAACUUUGAUGUUAAUAACAAUGUUGCAGCCUUCAAAUGUCUACUCUAGUUUAAACUAGCAGUAGCACAUGGUGGUGAAAAUAAAGGAGAAAAUAGCAUAAUGCAUGAAAUUUCUUGUGGAGGGAAUUUUAAUAUUU